AUGAGUUGGGAAAGCAGGAAGCGAUUGGUGCAGCUGGCUCGGAAGCACGACGCGCUGCUCAUAUCAGAUGAUGUGUAUGACGUGCUUCGUUGGCCUGCAAACGAGGGCGGGUCCUUCGAAAACUUAAGCAAACCUCCUCCUCGACUAGUAGACGUUGAUCGAGAACUGGAAGGCACCUCGGCCUUCGGGAACGCCGUCAGCAAUGGAUCGUUCUCGAAGAUCAUUGCUCCCGGUAUGAGGCUUGGCUGGGUUGAAGCGACCACUACAUUCACGACAACGAUCCGGACUGUUGGUGCCACGGCCUCCGGAGGCGGCCAGGCGCACUUCUCAUCUCUGUUUGUCGAGAAGGUCUUACAAGAUGGUGCUUUGACCAGACACAUAAACGACGUUUUGAUUCCUACUUACCAGAAACGGUAUUACGCAAUGGUCAACGCAAUUCGACGCGUUCUGUACCCAUUGGGUGUUGAGAUUGUUGCGGAACGAAGCAUCCAGGAGAGCGGCGUUGCCGGCGGCUUCUUCCUCUACAUAAGCUUUGGAGAUAGCGGCGCAGACUUCACUUCAGAAGUUUCCCGCGUUGCCUUUGAGGAGCUGAACUUGAAGAUCGGCCCUGGUCAGAUAUUUGGCGUCCCCGACGAUCCCCUGAGCGAGGCCAGAGGCAGGGCAUCGUAUUACAGCGGCGCCCGACUUUGCUGGGCGUGGCAUGAAGAAGAGGAAAUUGUCGAAGGGAUCGAGAGGCUGGCUCUAGUCGUCCGAGAGGUGCGGAAGGCGACAAGGUAG